CCUUUGAUGAGCAUAUGCUGAUUCAUGAGUUGGAAAAGACUGAAAGAGGAGUUGUUCGGGGUUUAAAGAAUGGAAUCGAACAUCUAUGCCUCAACUCUUGCUUACGCCUCCCUUACCUUGGGGACGACGAUGAUCAACAGGGUAUUUAUGUUUUACUACGUCAAAGUGUUCUUGAAUAUGUACAGGAUUUCAGAGAAAUGGUUCCGAAUGGCGCAGAUUGUCUUUAUGUUUUGGAACGCUUUCAAUGACCCAUUGUUUGGCUACUGCCAGGACAAUGUCCGAAGUGCUUGUCUGAGGAAACGACGUCACUUCAUUCUGUUAGGUGCUCCGUUUCUGGCAAUUUCAUUUUUGAUACCUUGGUUUCCCUGGGAAGUUUACAAACCGGGGUCCGUUUUAUGCUCUGUACAUCUAAUUGUGUCGCUGUGUUUCUAUGAUGCUGUUUAUACCUUUGUUCACUUGGCGCAUUGUUGUCUGUUCACCGAAAUGUUCAAAAGCCAUGAAGGUCGCCUACGGCUAGUGAGAUAUUCGCAGUUGGCUUCACUACUUGGUUCCACCAGUGUCUUUGCUGCCAGCAUAAUUUCGGAAGACCUCCACAAUUUUGUCAGAUUCCAAAAGUUCAAUAUCGCUUUGGCUGCGGUGGGGUUUUUCUGUAUGUACUACACUGGUAGAAACUGCCAUACUCAUUACGACCUAAAGACACCGAAGGAAACCGAACAUACCAACACAGAAAGAGAGGACUCCAUUUGUUCCCUCAUCUGGCAGCUCGUUACCCAGAAGAAUUUAGUCGUAUUUAUAUUUGUUAAUUUUUUGCAAGAAUUUCACCGAAUUUAUCUCGCAAAUUUUACUGCGAUUUUAACAGAGGCCCUAGUCCCAGAAGAUGCUCUACCACUACAUUUUCGAAGUAUUUUCUAUGGCAUGGCUUCGUCUCUUCCACAGGUAUUAGUCAUAUUUGGGACCCCACUUAUAGCGAAGUUGGGUACAUAUUACGUAAUACGUUACACUUUCUGCCUCCAAAUCAUUACAUCAUUGACCAUGUUUUACAUUGGGAAACAGAAACCGUGGAUAUUGCUGGGAUUUAUCCUUUUCGACAAUAUCGCAACAUUUGGGAGCCAUUCUCUGUAUAAUGUUUGUCUGUCUGAUGUCAUAGAUGCAGAUAUGAGAGCGAACAACAGAAAACGCCCUCUUUCUUCGAUGAUUUAUGCAACACUUACCGUCGGCAUCAAACCAGCCUUCUCCAUAGCACCGAUGCUGGUAGUUGGAUAUCUGAAUAGCUAUAGUUACGAACAAUUCAAACUAGACAAGAUGGCAUCAAUGCACAAGUAUACGGACUUGUAUGGGGCUAUGUUUAGUACAAUAUGUUGGAUACCGGUUGUCACGGCAACGUUGCAGAUAGUUUUAUGGUCCCGUUUUACACUACGUAAUACACACCGCGCUGCCAUUGCCCUACCGAAUGUAUCGGAACAGUAG